GUGUUGAGAGGCAGACCAUAUCCGUGUCAGCCCUAAUUUCGUUCGCAGCGGUAUAGAUCCAUUUCUAGGGGGUUAGAACAAACUUGAGUCAAGGCCAAAUCUAUCAAAAAGUGAAGUUACAAAGUGAGGUUAUGAAUAAAUGCAAAAAGCCGUCUGUCAAACAGUGAAACUUGUGAGAAACGUUAAGCGAUUUGGGAAUUGUAGAACAAAUUUUUAAAUUAUAUAAAAGAAACCAUGGCACCCUACAAAAUUGUGAUGGUGAGACACGGUGAAUCUGAGUGGAAUGAGAAAAAUCUGUUUUGCGGAUGGUAUGAUGCUAAUUUGAGUGAAAAAGGAAAGCAAGAGGCUUUAAACGCUGGAAAAGCCCUAAAAGAUGCUGGAUAUAAAUUUGAUCUAACUUUCACAUCAGUUUUGACCAGGGCUCAGAAUACUUUACAGGCUAUACUCAAAGAGAUUGGUCAGGAAAAUAUCCCUGUUGUGAAGACAUGGAGACUAAAUGAAAGGCACUAUGGUGGUCUUACUGGACUUAAUAAAGCUGAGACUGCUGCAAAAUAUGGAGAUGAACAAGUAGCAAUCUGGCGCCGAAGCUAUGAUGUCCCACCUCCACCUAUGGAGCCUGACCAUCCAUACUAUGAGACGAUCGUCAAGGAUCCACGAUAUGCUAAUGGACCAGCCCCUAAUGAAUUUCCCAUGUUCGAGUCCCUCAAACUUACUAUUGAACGUACACUGCCUUUCUGGAAUGAAAAGAUUGUCCCAGAUAUCAAAGCUGGAAAAAGUAUUCUUAUUGCUGCACAUGGAAACAGCUUAAGAGGGAUUGUUAAGCAUCUUGAUCAAAUGAGUGAGGAUGCCAUAAUGCAGCUUAACCUUCCCACUGGCAUUCCAUUUGUCUACUCAUUGGAUGAAAACUUGAAACCAAUCAAAAGUUUAGAAUUUUUGGGAGAUCCUGAAACUGUGAAGAAAGCUAUGGAAGCUGUUGCAGCACAAGGAAAAGCCAAAUAAAUGAAGUAUUUAUGUACUAGACUCAAGUGUAAAGUCCAAAUAAUAUUUUAUUUAUGAAAAUUUUCUAUAAUAUUUAAGAGGCAUAAAAUAUCAGCAGAUUGUAAGAAUAUAAUUCAUGUUGCAGAGUCCAACGAUAUUGUGUAACAGCUGAUCAUUUUAAAAUAUGAUGUUACAAGGAAUCUCCACUUUACAUUCAUUCUCACAUUGGAUAAAAACAUCUAUUGUCAUUUGAGAAGUUUACCAUUCUUAUACAAGCACAAUGAUUAAAAUGGCAAACAUUUGCUUUUCCAGUUUUAAUAUGGGGACCAGGCGCUCUUCCUACACAAAUCAUAUAACUUAUUGCAAGUUUUUUAGAAGAAGUCGUCUAUACUCGUAUUCAUUAGAUCCAUUACUGCCUAUGGAUUGGUCCAAUUUGCUCUCUAGGAGCAAAUUUUGAUCCCCGCGGGUAAAUAGUAAAACUGGGCCUAAAGAUUUAUUUUCAACAUUUUGGGUGUUUUCCAAAUUUUCAGAAUCUUCAAAAUUUCCGAAAUCCCGAAAAUUUUGGGAAUAUUGAAAGUAUCGAAAAUCGUGCAAAGUAAAAAUUUCCAAACUUUGAAAAUCUGUGAUGACAACUGUUACACUUAAAAAAGUACAAAAUAUGUUUGUGAAGACCAUUCUAAUGUGAUGAAUUUGAUGAAAUAAAUUCCAUCGCUGUGAGAAUAUCAAUUUUAGUCAAUUUAUCGCUUUACCCUCC